UCCAAAAGCAGAAGAAGAAGCUGCACUCAUUUCCUGAGUGUGAGUCCUGGAAGAGAACUUGUUGAAGUUCGAUGGAGGUUUAGGAUUUACCACCUGAACAGCGGAACACCUGAACAGAGAUAUAAACAGGCGGGUAAAGAGCGCAGUAAACAGAGUCUCAUUUACCAUGGCGUGUGAAGAAACCCCAGUUAUUUCUUCUCUUCCAGAUGAUCAGAUUGGAGAGGCACUCUUAAUUGGUGUGAUAGAGGAUCAGGUGAAGAGUGUAAACGCAGCAGGAGACACUUCUUCUCUGGGUAUUCCAAAACCAAAGCCGCUAUCCCAUGCUCAGAAUCAGAUGCUUUUGAACCAGCUGGCAGACACCAUACGAGUAAUUGGGGACAGACUGGAUAUGGAUACUGGAUUUAAUGACAUGAUUGACGGAUUAGGACGUGUGGCAAAUAAAAACAGUUUCUGGAAGCUUGUGGAGGGAGUCUUCAGUGAUGGCCAGAUCAACUGGGGAAGAAUUAUUGUCCUGUUCUACUCUGUUGGAAAACUGGCUGCAAAGAUGGUACUCGCUCAUUUGCCUGAAGUAUUCUCAGAAAUUCUGAAUUUAAGUCUGGACUACUUCAGGAGAACGCUAUUACAGUGGAUUCGCAACAUGGGAGGAUGGAUUAACAGUAUUUCAGGAGUGACUCGGUUCUCUAUCGAGCAGUUUUCAGCAUCCUCCUUUAGGCGCAUCUCUCCCUCUGCUGGACAGUGGGUGGUGUUUGGUGCUGGAGUGCUGCUGGGGGGAAUCAUCGUGUGGAGACUAAAACGAUUCACCUGAGAGGCAGGAAGUAAGAGAGAGGUGGUGAUGGAAGGAGAGAAGUACAGGUGAUGAAGAGAGCAGAUUAAAUGGAUUUGACGUCGGGUGGGAAGCAACAAGGCUAACCAUAUAGCUUUUUUUUUUUUUUUUUUUUUUUUUU